UGCCUUGCGGCGCUUUCCGCGGGGAACUGUGAGGGGUGGGGGAAACUUUGAAAGUUGGAUGCCACAGACCCGGGUCCUUUUUCUGCUGUAUCUGAAGGCAUGGGUAGCAAGAAACUCAGACGAGUGGGUUUAUCACAAGAGCUGUGUGACCGUCUGAACAGACAUCAGAUUGUUACCUGUCAGGACUUUUUAUGUCUUUCCCCACUGGAGCUUAUGAAGAUGACUGGCCUUAGUUAUGGAGGUGUCCAUGAACUUCUAUAUAUGGUCAGCAGGGCCUGUGCCCCGCAGAUGCAAACGGCUUAUGGGAUGAAGAUGCAAACGUCUUCCUCUCUCUCACCAGCCUUCUUAGCUACAACCCUUUCUGCAUUGGAUGAAGCCCUGCACGGUGGUGUGGCUUGUGGAUCCCUCACAGAGAUUACAGGCCCACCAGGUUGUGGAAAAACUCAGUUUUGUAUAAUGAUGAGCAUUUUGGCCACGUUACCCACCAACCUGGGAGGACUAGAAGGAGCUGUUGUAUACGUCGACACAGAGUCAGCAUUUAGUGCUGAAAGACUGGUUGAGAUAGCAGAAUCUCGUUUUCCCAGAUAUUUUAACACUGAAGAAAAAUUACUUUUGACAAGCAGUAAGGUUCAUCUUUAUCGGGAACUCAGCUGUGAUGAAGUUCUGCAAAGGAUUGAAUCUUUGGAAGAAGAAAUUAUUUCAAAGGGAGUUAAACUUGUAAUUAUUGACUCUGUUGCUUCUGUGGUAAGAAAGGAGUUUGAUACACAACUUCAGGGCAACAUGAGAGAAAGAAACAAGUUCUUGGCAAGAGAAGCGGCCUCCUUGAAGUAUUUGGCUGAGGAAUUUUCAAUCCCGACCAUAUGCCUCUUUAUAGUUCCUCAAACAUUCCAACAACCAUUCCUGCCUCAAGAAGUAUUUGUUAUUCCUCAGUCUGGAAUAUUUCCCCCUCUGAAUAUCCAUAUGAUUUCUUCUCUCCUGUCAUCUUAUUAAUGGGGACUUUCCUGACCAUAGAGAGAGAAUGAGAGAGAGAGAGCACAAGAAGAGGGUCAGAAGGAGAAGCAGACUCUCGCUAAGCAGGGAGCCUGAUGCGGGACUCAAUCCCAGGACUCCAGGAUCAUGACCUGAGCCGAAGGCAGUCGCUUAACCAACUGAGCCACCCAGGCGCCCCUAUUCUUUUUUUUAAUGCAAAGAAAUUAUAUUCCUGCAAAAAUCUGUAUGAAAAUGUUUUUAGUACUUUUAUUCACUAUCACCAAAUACCACAAACAACAUGAAUAUUUAUCAGCUGGUGAAUGAAUAAAGAAAUUCAUAUUCAAGUAAUGGAAUAUUCAUAUAGCAGAAUACUACUCAGCAAUAAGAAGGAACAAACUACUGAUAUAAACAACAGGGAUGAGUCUCAAAAGCAUUGUAUUAAAUGAAAGAAGCCAGACUCAAAUGGCUACAUUUUAUGUGAUUUGUUUUAUGACAUUCUGCAAAGGGCAGAGUUAUGGAAGUGAGAAUUGGGUUUGUGGUUUCAGGGGCUCAGGGUGGGUAGGUGAGGAGAUUGACUACAAGUGGGUAUGAGAAAACUUUUUGGCACGAUGGGAAUGGUCAAUGUAUUGAUCGUGGUGUGGCUACAUGAGUGUGUAAGUUCUUCGAAACUCAGAACUGUACACCCAAACAGGGCAUGUUUUUAAAAUUAUAUGUUAAUUUUUCCUCAAGAAACAACAAAAAGCAAAUGAAGCACUUACACUAGAGGAUCUCUUAUGAUUUAGAACUUUCUUCUUUGAUACUAACUUUCUGUUACCUCAAGGAAAAGAGAAUUACCAAGUGUGUUUAAUCAGUUAACUUUAGUUCAGCAGUUCAAGCUUUGGCCAACAGCCUUCUUUUUAAAAAAUUGCUGUUGUCUUCAGAAUUUAUGGGACAAUAUCAAGUUGUUGAAGUUUUAUUUUAUGUUGUAUUAUACUAGCCUCAAAAUCAGUUUUGUAGGUUUUUUCCAGUUGAGUUAUAGGAGCAAGUUGCUGAAGACUUAUAGGUAAGAAACAUAACCCAAUACUUAGCCUCUUGCUAAUUCUUCUUUCUGAAACAUGUUUCCUUUUUUUUUUUUUUAACGAAUAUCUUUGUCUAUAAAGUUAAUUAUAUUUGGACAGUUUGUGAACACUGCCAGCACAUUAACGAUUGCUGGAAAUAUAGUAAUCCUUAAUGAAAAUGCGGAGGCAAAUUUCUAAAAAGCUGAAAUGUCUCAUUUUGAGUUCAGAUAGUUUUAACCUCAAAAGUUAAAUCAGUAACUUGUAUUUUAAAUUCAUGCGUUCUUUCUGGAGAUGAUUUAUUUGUAAGGAUGUAAGAAGAAAUGUCCUCCCUCAGGGUUGAAGAAAAACUAACCUCUCAAGGUCUUCUUUUGUUCUUUCUUCAUUAGUGUUGUAUAACAAGUUAUUAUUAUUUCAAUUGAGAUUUAGAUCUAGAUAUUUUAUUAGUUCUGUGGAAAGUCACAAAAAGAAGCUCUUUGCAGUAGUUUAUAUAGGGUAUACACUUCACUAACUUUUUUUUUUUAAUGGGAUGAAGAAGGAGUAGUAUAUAGCACAUAAAAUUCUAAAUUUUAGGGACUUUUAGGCCCCCCAAGGGUGUUAAAGUUCUGAUAUUUGGUGGCCAUGGGUGACUCGAUCCUCUUUCAAAGUUUUAAGAUGUUCAGGUAGUAACUUAGGAGAAUAUCCAGAGCAUGUGUAAGCUGCAGAAGACCAAGGCAGGGCCAUUUCCCCCUCUGACAUUUUGUUAUACUAACAUCUUUUUAAAAGUUUUUUAUGAUUCAUUACACUAAGGACCUUAUACAUAUACAACUUUCUUUUUUAUGAUGUUUGUGAGAUAUUUGAUCGAUUUCACCAUAUUUGGGACACUAAUAAAGUAUAUCAUUAUAUUUUAAGCUUCAGUUCAUGUUCUUGUCUUAUUUUUUGUUUGUUUAUUUUUUAAGAGAGGGAGAAGGUGGAAGGAGCAGAGGGAGAGGGAGAGAGACAAUCCUAAACGCAGGCUCCACACUCAGCAAGAGCCAGACAUGGACUCGAUCUCACAACCCUGAGAUCAUGACCUGAGCCAAAAUCAAGAGACAGACGCUUAAUCGGCUGAGCCACCCAGGUGCCUCUCAUGUUUCUGUCUUAAAAUGGUAGCAGAUACAAGUUUUCAAUAGACACAUGGUCUAUUUUUACUACUUAAGUGAAAUGUUUCCAUAAUUAUUUAAUUUCUUGGGACUUCAUAGACAUGAUUCCUCUAAAAGUUUAGGUAAUAGAGAAUAACAUUCAUGUUCAUCCCCUUGAUAUUACUGGGAUGCCUCAAUCCUAUGUACAAGUUAGAUGUAUUUGACUAGAUCCAUUUAUUUCAUUGUCUACAGAAGAAGAUUAUUUGCUCCAAAUGGGUAGUCUUGCAGCCUUGAAAAGGGGGAAACUUGUACUGUGCUAAGAGUAUUUAAAUUAGGAAGCAUUUAUUUUAUAAUAUGGCAACCUAGGAAACCCAAUAUUAAAAAAAUACAUAGUGUCCAUAAGCCAUCUAAUUUAUUGAUACUGUUAUGAGAGACAUAAACAAUUGCUCAGAGAAUAUGCAGUAGAGACAAGUCUGAUGGAAUCACCAAGUUGGAUUUUUGCUGCUAAUUACACUUCUGCAAAUUCCAACAACCACCGCACUGUGGUGCAGUCCUGUAUUCUAGCUCUUUUCCUCUAAUAAGAAACAAAUCAUUUACACCAUUUCAGCAAAUUUAUUUUCACCAACAUCUUAGAUCUAUGGUUCAUUUGCAUUUCAAGUCUUAUCUCUACUUGCCAAAGGGAAAGCAUUGUCUUCACCGAUCUCCAAAGCAGUGUGUUCAUAUGGUGGACAUAAGACGAUACAUUGGGAUUUUGGAAUAAAACAUUGGAAACAGGGCACCUGGUGGCUCAGUCGUUAAGCGUCUGCCUUCAGCUCAGGUCAUGAUCCCAGGGUCCUGGGAUCGAGUCCUGCAUUGGGCUCCCCGCUCCGCGGGAGGCCUGCUUCUCCCUCUCCCGCUCCCCCUGCUUGUGUUCCCUCUCUCGCUGUGUCUCUCUCUGUCAAAUAAAAUCUUUAAAAAAAAAAUUGGAAAAUCCGUAUUUACUUUUUACCUCUAAAACUUAUAUUUUAUGUAUGUUUUUAAAUGUAUACAAAGCAUUAGGACAGUAGACUUCUAUGUACCUUAAUAAAGACACAUUAAGGGUAAAUUCUGCUUUGGUGAGUGAUCAGUCGUGGCAGCCAGUGCUCUGGUUCUCUCAGAAUUUCAGGUAAGCAAGUAGAGGGGAUACACCCUCCCCUCCACACACGCACAUUUUUUAAUGCCUUAUUUUUUUUAAUGUCUGUGGACGCUGUCUCUGAAAAAUCAAAUUGCUCCAAAACUUACCUCAAAGAUAGUUUUUACUUGCUGGAGGAUUUUGGGUGAGGAGAAUUUUUCUCCUCACAGACUUUUACAAUAUUAGAAGAAUUGUACUUUACAGCAGUUUUUAGCAUGGGGUUUGGAGUCAAAUGGACCUGGUUAGAGUUUAGACUCCUCCAUUUACUACCUGUGUAACUGUAACUUUUACAUCUUUCAGUUUCCCAGGGGGACUUGCCCAACUUUAAAACAGUGAUAUAGUGAUAGUUUUCAAUAGAUCCUUAGAAAUUUAGAGGAUGGGGCACCUGGCUGGCUUAGUCAGAGGAGCAUGAGCCUCUUGAUAUCAGGGUUGUGAGUUUGAGCCCCAUGUUGGGGGUAGAGAUUACUUAAAUAAAGUUCUAAAAAACACUUUGAGGAUGAUACUUAAAAAAAAAGUUUCCCCUGAUGGUAGAAACUGGUUGUUCUUUUGAAUUAAAUUAAAUACUUAGCACAGAGCCUCACAUACAGUUUAACAAAUGAUCAGUUGAAAAUGCUGUAAGCAUAUAACUAAUAUUUAACACCUUCAUUUUACAGAUGAGAGACUCUUACUAUCUCUCUUCCAGAAAUGGUAAUACUUUGUUUCCCAUUUGCUUGCUCCAGGACUUUCAAAUGCCAGUGGGCCCAUUCUCAUUUUGCCCUGUUAGCUCUUGUGGGCCACUGGUCAGCAUAUUUUUUCUGUAAAGGGCCAGAUAGUAAUAUUUUACGCUUUGUGGACUGUGCUGUCUCUGUGGCAACUAUUCAGCUCUACCAUUAUAGCUUGAAAGUAGCCAUAAACCAUUUGCAAACAAAUGGGUAUGGUUGUGGUUCAAUAAAACUUCGAUUACAAAAAUAGGUGGAGGGCCAGAUUUGACCCAUGGGUCAUAGUUUGUCAACCCCUGAUCUGGAUGGACCCUUCUCCCUUCUCCCUAGGCUAAGCACCCAGGGCUGGUGCUACCACAGUCCAGCAAUUUAUAGAAUUAGGAGGAAGGGAAUAGAGUAGUCUACUCAUAAAAGCAGUAUUUCCUCAAACUAGUUAAGGCAUUGACUCAAUUUUAAAUGCAAGUAAUAGUCUCAUGAACUCCCAUUAUUGACUUCAGUUUUAUCUUAAUGUCAUAGAAAUAGACAGAUUUAUAAAACAAGCUAAUAACUUUAUAUCAAAUCACACUAUGAAACCAUAAAAGUGGGUUGCAUUUACAAACAACACAGUACUAUUCAAAUUAAUUACUCUGAUAGAUGAUAAUUUGCUAAAUCAAAUUAUUGCUUGCAAUAUAAAUAACUUACGGUACAAGUUCUUUUGGAAUAUAUAUAUAUAUAAUAUAUAUAUAUUCUACUGUAGUUCAUGUGAUGACUCAACUUUCCCACCUCUUUUCUCUAUUUGAGCUACUACAGAACCUUCUUCUGUUUAAAGGGUGACAUCAUUUGGCCCUCACCUGGGUGUGAAUGCAUAUACAUUUAAAGUCUGCCAUUGCUCUUUUCUCAUUAGUCCCUGACAAUUAAAGUGAUACUACUUGGCAC